ACUUUGUGCCCAUAUACUGUCUAUGGUGCCCACUCAUGAGAGUCUAUCUGGUCUAUUUUAUUUUCUACGUAAAUUAAAACAUUUAACCAUUUCAACGCUUCAAAUACGUCGUGUCAACGUCAUUAGGAAACACAGGAAGUGUCUGUCAGGUGAGAAGAGUCACAUGUGGACAUAGCCAUAGUGGACAUAUACAGCUGUACGAGAAUUAACACGGAUUCCUGUUGCUGGCAAAGAUGGCUCAUCUCACAGCGCUUUUUAAGUAUGUGGACGAACACCAGGAUCUGUACGUGCAGCGUCUGGCAGACUGGGUGGAAGUCCAGAGUGUGUCUGCUUGGCCAGAGAAGCGCGGGGAGAUCAAGAAGAUGAUGGAGAUGGCAGCCAAGGACAUUGAGAAGCUUGGAGGAACAGUGGAGAUGGUGGACAUCGGCAAACAGAAGCUUCCCUGUGGCGAGGAGAUCCCCCUGCCGCCUAUCAUCCUGGGUCGUUUGGGUUCAGACCCGGGCAAGAAAACGGUGUGUAUCUACGGCCAUCUUGAUGUCCAGCCAGCUAACAUUGAUGAUGGCUGGGAUACAGAGCCUUUCACUCUGGUGGAGAAAGACGGUAAGCUCUAUGGAAGAGGUUCUACUGAUGACAAAGGUCCUGUGUUGGCCUGGUUUAACUGCAUUGAGGCCUACCAGAAGAUCCAGCAGGAGCUUCCAAUCAACAUAAAAUUCUGCUUUGAAGGAAUGGAGGAGUCUGGAUCUGAGGGCCUGGAUGAACUGGUGUUUUCUCGCAAAGACUCCUUCUUAAAAGAUGUGGACUACGUCUGCAUCUCUGACAAUUAUUGGCUCGGCAAGACCAAACCCUGCAUCACCUAUGGUCUGAGAGGAAUCUGCUACUUCUUUAUUGAGGUGCAUUGUGGUGACAAGGACCUACACUCAGGGGUGUUUGGUGGCUCUGUUCAUGAAGCCAUGACUGACCUGAUUGCACUUAUGGGCUCCCUCUUAGACAAUAAGGGGAAGAUUUUGGUUCCUGGGAUAAGUGAUGAUGUGGCCCCUCUGACAGAUGAGGAAAAAAAGCUGUAUGAGAAAAUAGAUUUUGACUUGGAUGAAUACUGCAAAGACGUUGGAGUCGGACAGCUACUUCAUGACACCAAGGAGAAAAUCCUGAUGCACCGCUGGAGGUAUCCAUGUCUUUCUCUACAUGGUAUUGAGGGAGCUUUCUCUGAAGCAGGAGCCAAGACUGUUAUCCCCCGCAAGGUCAUCGGGAAGUUUUCCAUCCGCCUCGUCCCCGACAUGGACCCCAAAGUUGUGGAAAAAAAGGUUAUCAAUCAUCUGCAGAAGAAGUUUGCUGAACUGAAAAGCCCCAACAAACUGAACGUGCACAUGGGCCACGGAGCCAAGGCCUGGGUCUCUGACUUCAACCACCCGCACUACAUAGCUGGCCGAAAGGCCAUGAAGACAGUCUUUGGUGUGGAGCCUGACUUGACCCGUGAGGGUGGAAGCAUCCCCGUCACCCUGACCUUCCAGGAGGCCACAGGACGUAACGUCAUGCUGCUCCCUGUUGGAUCCUCUGAUGAUGGAGCUCACUCCCAGAAUGAAAAGCUCAACAGAACCAACUACAUUCAAGGGAUCAAGAUGCUCGCUGCAUACUUCCAUGAGGUUUCCCAGCUGGAAUAAAGUCUCAUGAGUU